AUGGAGACGAACCUCACGGCCGGGGCCCCGAGGGAGGGGCUGAUGAUCCUCCCUCCGGGGAUGAUUCUCAUGACGGGUCUCCUGCGCGAGCCGGCCAACACGAGGCCCCUGGUGUUCGCGUUCAUCUUGCUCACGUACGCGCUCUCUGUGCUGGGCAGCCUGUGCCUCACGCUGGCCAUCGCGCGCGAGGCGCAGCUCCGCAAGCCCAUGUACGUGUUCUUAUGCGGCCUCGCCCUGAACGGCGUCGUGAUGACCACGGCGACGCAGCCGCGGAUCCUCUACGACCUCGUGUCCGUCAACGUCAUCUCGUUCGCCGGCUGCGUCGCGCAAAUGUCCGUGCUGCACUUCGCCACCGUCGUCGAGGGCUUCAUCCUGGCCGCGAUGGCCGUCGAUCGCUACCUGGCCAUAUGCAGGCCUCUCCACUACGGCUCCCUGCUGAACGGCGCGGUCGCGGCGAAGCUCUGCGUGCUGCUGAUCGCGCUCGCCGCGCUCUUCGUGUCCGGGGAGGUCAUCCUGGGCAGCGUCGUCACAUUGUGCACGAAGCCCCGCGUCGUCUCGAUGCCGAGCUGCGAUUUCAUGUCGCUGACGAAGAUGAGCUGCGAAGACACCAGCGCCAACGUGGCGUACGGCUACUUCCUCAUCGCCGUGCCAGCUGCGGGUUCACUGGGGAUAAUCGUCCUCUCCUACGUCGGCAUUUUGUACGAAUGCAAACGGUCCAGCCGUCGAGGUGGGCAGCACAAGGCGAUCAGGACCUGCGUCACUCACUUCUGCGUCCUCUGCAUCUCCUACGUCUUUGUCAUAUUCAUGGUCUUGCAGCACCGCAUAAGCAACUCCGAUGCUAUUCCCACCGCUGCUCGGUCCAUCCUCAGCUCCCUGUAUUACAUUUUCCCUCCUGCAUUGAAUCCAAUCAUUUAUGGGCUUCGUACGAGCGAAAUCCGACAAAGUCUAAGCAAACUCUUGCAUCACAAAGUUAUUUCGACUUAG